AAAGUGGCAAGCGAGCGCAUCUCGUCCUUCCCGGACCUGUGCUGCACUUGUUUGUCUCAGCCGGUUGAGGGACGCGUCGCUGCUCGCGUCCAGCUUCCAGCGGGUUCUGCAGAGGAUUAGUCAGCUGCAUUUAUUUUAAGGGGUGAGAGCGCAGAGAGAGAGCGCUCAGUGCGCUCAGGUCUCCCAAGAUGCAGCGUAUCUACAUGCACAGCAGCGAGCACUUUGAAGUCUUCACCACCGUCCUCGCUCCGCAAGGGAGGUAUCGAUACCGAGCAGAAGCAGAAAAGAUGGUGGUGGUGCACAAAUACAGACCCCACUGGCCCGACGAGCUGGAGCUGCGUCCGGGCGACGUCAUCCUGGUGCUGUCCAAGCAUGAGGAGGAGAGGUGGUUUGGGCGGCUGCAGGACGGGCAGCAGGGCUAUUUCCCCGCCUCGUGUGUGAUGGAGCUGGGCCAGGCUAAUCUGCCCAUGAAGAGCCUGCGACGGGGUUUAUCUCUCAGGACCUCAGCCGGAGACAACGAACGCAUCAGAUAUGUAAAUGGACACAUUCUGCAGGAGCUCAGGAGGGGGAGCAGGGGAGGAGCAGGCGGUGGAGGACUGGAUGGAGGCCAGAGUGAGCGAGAGGGCCCCUUCCUGGUGCGGAGGCCCCAGAUCCCUCAGCCUCAGCCUGUGGCCUCCCAGACCCAGACCCAGACCCAGACCCAGAGAUCUCCGAACCUGCUCCACAGGAUCUUGUCCAAGUGCCGGAAAAAGAGUGAAUGCCGGGGAGCCACUAACGGUGCCUUCGAGGGCGACUAAGGAGCAGAGGAGCUUGUGAAUGUCCAUCAUGUGUCAUGUCAGAUAUUCGUGACUUAGCUACAUCUCUAGAAGCAAAGAGGAGGUUAGAUGCUGAAUGUAAGCGCCACCCGAUUAGCGACGUCCCCACCGGGCGUUUUGCUCAUUAUAGCCGACGGACAAGGAAAUGCUGUGACAUCACUCAUGACGGGGGCGUCGACUCGAGCGCAAUACACCAUUUUUCCAGCAUGCAAAGCUCCAAAAAUGUAAAAUUUAGACCCGUGCUUUGGAAAAUAUGUAAUCGCUGCAACCACAAUCACACGUGUAGCACUUAACUUCAUGCGAGCAAAUGUUGCUUUUCUUUUCUAUAAUGUUCAUAGAUGUUAUGUCUGUUCUAAUGUCUUAACUUCAUUUGCUUGUGUUGGUAUGUAUGUAUAUAAAUAUAUAUAUACGGCUGCAAGUUAUAAUUGCAGCAAUGAUGAUAAAACCAGAAAACACUU